AUGACGUCCCCAUUCGCUACUCUCAUCGACCAAAACUAUCAUACUGUGCCCUCGUUCACUCUCGAGUCGGGGAGAGUGCUGAAGGAGGUGCCAGUAGCCUACAAAACAUGGGGGACAUUGAACGAGACGAGGGACAAUGUCAUGAUCAUCUGCCAUGCCUUCACCGGGAGCGCGGACGUUGAGGAUUGGUGGGGCCCACUGAUGGGCAGAGGGAAGGCCUUUGACCCCAGUCGUUAUUUCAUUUUCUGUGCAAAUACCAUGGGCUCGCCAUAUGGCUCUGCGUCCCCCGUCACCGUGAACUCAGAGACGGGAAAGCCAUAUGGGCCUGAAUUCCCCGCAACAACUAUCCGCGACGACGUUAGACUGCACAAGCUCGUACUCGAUCGUCUCGGUGUGCGCUCAGUAGCAGUUGCCAUUGGAGGUUCUAUGGGUGGGAUGGCCGUACUCGAAUGGCCUCUAUGCACACCACCCGGCUACAUCAAACAUGUCGUCGCCAUUGCAACAUCUGCCCGACAUUCUGCGUGGUGCAUCAGCUGGGGCGAGGCCCAACGGCAGAGCAUCUACAGCGACCCUCACUACGAAGACGGCUACUACCACACGCAGCCCGCCUCCGGACUCGCCGCCGCCAGAAUGGCCGCGCUGCUCACCUUCCGCUCCCGCGACUCGUUCGAGCGGCGGUUCGGGCGUAAGCCACAAAAGCUCGCCACAGAUGCCGUACCCACUCCCCCGCGCUCCCCUGUCACGACCGAUGUCGACGACGCCCUCGCCGCGCACAACGACGGCCAGCGCUACCGCAGCGCGCCGCCCUCCAACGCAGGCACGCCACAGUCCUCCCGCCCGCUCUCGCCGACGCCACGCAAGCCCAUCUUCUCCGCACAGUCCUACCUGCGCUACCAGGGCGACAAGUUCAUCUCGCGCUUCGACGCGAACUGCUACAUCCACAUCACGCGCAAGAUGGACACGCACGAUGUCGCACGCGGCCGUCUCCUUUCCGAGGACGAGGACGAGGGUCACGCGCUUGCGCGCGUCCUGGCCACACUCCCACCCCGUGCACUCGUUAUUGGCAUCCAGACCGACGGACUGUUCACGCCAUCGGAGCAGCAGGAGAUUGCGGAGUAUGUGCCCGGGGCGGAAUGCGUGAUCAUACCGUCACCCGAGGGCCACGACGGGUUCCUGCUUGAGUUCGAGCUCAUCAACGGGCACAUCCUGCAGUUCUUGAGGCGCGAGUUCCCCACAUAUUACCAAACCGCACAGGGCGAGCAGACGGCAGACGAGCCGGAAGAAGGCUUUGAUGUCAAAAAAACCAGCUUGUUCGGCGAAGCGGAAGCAGACGUCAUCCGUUGGUGA